AUGGCGUUUGCAAAUAAUGGGGAUUUAGUUAAUGGUAAUAACAAGUUACUGUGGCACGAUGAUAACCUACAAUGUAGGAAUCAUGACAUGAUCAGAUCAAAAUCAAACCCAAGCCUGUUUACCGGCAUGUCGACUUUAUCAUUAGCAUGCAGUUGUGACAUUGAUGAGCCACGUGUACUCCAGGCAGAGUCUAAUGAAAUAUGCAUCUAUUAUUUGAGAGGUAAUUGUCGAUAUGGAGCUAGAUGUAACAUGCAGCAUAAAGGUAGUAUGUACCAAUGGCAGUUUAAAGACACGAGAGGAGAAUGGACUGAUUACAGACCAGCGUCAAAUGUGGAGAUUGAACAGAAAUACUGUGAUGUGUACAAUGUUGACUGUUGUAUACAAUUUGGCAAGCAAAUGCGAAUGAAUAUAGAUUUCAUACAAAUGACAGGGAAGAAAAAAGGUACUUUUAUAAAUGUUAGAAGGUUAUCUACGAAGUCUUCAGCGGUCCAGAAAUUUCAACCUUUAGCAACAGAAUACAAAUGGUAUUGGGAAGAUCAAAGAGAAAGGUGGAUUGUUUAUGGUGGACAGAAUGUCACAGGUUAUGCUAUCAUUUUGGACAGUGAGAGCCUUGUUAAUGUCACAGGUUAUGCUACUAUUUUGGACAGUGCGAGCUUGGAAAUGAAUUACCACGAGAACCCAUGUGGUCAGAUGAAGUUCAAAACAAGUGGACACGACUACAUAAUGGACUUUCAAAAAAUGGUUCAGAAAAAUGUGGUCCAUAAAACAGAAAGAUGCGUUCGUAGAAGGCCUGUAUUUGUUUGUGCUGAAGAUGUGGAGAUGAAAAAGAGAAAAUCAGCUGAUACCGGCACCAUGAAGAGAGCAACAUCAUGUUCAACACUUGUACUAACACCACUGACCUACGAUCAAACAUCUAGUAUACCGUCGUCAUGGUCUUUCGAUAAAAGACGCCGACCAGAAGGCUUAAUCCAUCAUUAUAGUUUGGUAGAAUGCCAUAAGACUGGUCCUGAAGGCUGCACGAUAAGGAAAAUGUUUUUUGAAACAAUGCCAAAGUCAUGCAAUAUUACAUCGAUAAAGAGGAUUGAAAACGGCGAAUUAUGGAUGAAUUAUGCGAGUAAAAGAGAAAAGAUGAAUAAGAAGAAAACAUGCGGUGGUAAUGUAAUGGAACUACAACUAUUUCAUGGUACUAACGAAGACAUAGUUGAUGCAAUAUGUCGCCAAGGCUUCGACUUCCGAUUCAGUGGUAGUAAAAUAGGUCAUAAAUAUGGCAAAGGCAGUUAUUUUGCGAAAAUGGCUCAAACUGCCGACAGUUACACGGAUUUUGGACGAAAAAAACGGAUGUUUGUUGUUCGAGUUUUAGCAGGAGAGUAUACACUUGGAGAAACGUCGUUUGUUCGUCCCCCAUCAAGGAACCCUUUGGAUCCCUUCGAACUUUUCGACUCCUGUGUAGAUAAUGUGCGAAAUCCGAAUAUAUUCGUAAUUUUUACUUUCGAUCAAGUGUACCCAGAAUAUGUAAUAGAAUACCAGCAAUCUAAUUUAAAGUAUAAUGAAUUUUGA